AUGCUGGCCGUCGGCUUCUCGUACGACCAGGCGCAGGCGUUCUGCUCCCAGCCGCAGUUUGCAGGAAGGAUUGGCGUGGCCGCCAGCAAUGCUCCGGCCAGCGUGACCAUCUCUGAUGACGCGGAUGCUAUCGCCGAGGCCAAGGAGACGCUCGACGGCCAAGGAACGUUUGCACGUCCGCUUCGGGUGGACCGGGCUUACCACUCCAACCAUACCCUGGAAGUUUUGCCCUUCCUGAGGGCAUACCUCGAGGGAUGUAAAAUCACCGUCGGUCGUCCAUCGGCGAGAGUAGCCAGUGGAUCAGACGACUUGGACGUCGUCGACUCCUCCUCCUCCAACGACAGCUCUUCUCCAGUCUGGAUCUCGACUCUCUACGGUAACGACGACCUAGUGUCAGGUGACGAAAUCAGGUGUGGCUACUGGCUCAAGUCGGCGACUGAUACCGUCCUCUUCUCGCAGGCCGUCGAGGCCUCGCUCGUCCACGGGCCCCUUGACCUGAUCAUGGAGAUUGGGCCACACGCUGCGCUCCGAGGCCCCACAAUCCAGACCAUCACAGCGGCCCUGGGAUCGUCGCCGCCGUACACGAGCGUCCUGAAGCGGGGAGAGGACGCCAUCCAGGCCUUUUCUUCCAGUCUCGGCCACGUUUGGGAGAACGUCGGCCGCCCGCUCGAUAUGGUCCGCCUGGACCUGUACCAGCGCACGUUUCGGAGCGGGGUCCAUCACGGAGGCGACCUUGGCCGCGAUAUCGAUCGCAUCCGUCCCGCCAUGGUCGUCAAGGGCCUUCCGGCAUAUCAGUGGGACCAGCAGCGGCACUGGCACGAGUCCCGGAUGGCGGCCAACCUUCGUCUCCGCGGCGGCCAGCCCCCAAACGAGCUCCUCGGUCGCCGUUGUCCCUACGACUCGGACUCGGUCAUGCGUUGGCGGAACCUCCUCUGUUUGGAGGAGCUCCCCUGGCUGCAGGGCCAUGCGUUCCAGGGAGCGGCCGUCUUUCCCAUGGCCGGUUAUGCCGCCGUCGCGCUCGAGGCCGCGUUGGCGAUGGCGGGGACACGAAGAAAGAACACGGGGCCGGCCCUGCUGCUGGACGAGAUCCUCGAGAUGAGAGUGGAAGACCUGGUGGUUCACGAGUCCUUGAGCCUCGAAAGUUGCGGCAAACUCGAGACCCUGGUCAUCCUGACGGAGAGAAAAGGAACCGGGACUCCCUCUCGAGCGCGAGCAAACGAGCAACACGACACUCACGAGCACGACACGCUCGCGGCCGACUUCACGUUCGAGGGGUGUGCACUGACAGACGGCAGCAAGAUCCCGCCCGAGCUGGGCAGAUACUGCUCCGCCAGAGUGGUUACGUCUUUUGUUCCCGAUGGGCAUGACGAUGUUGAUGUCGAUCACGUCUCUUCCGGCGAGUCGUCCUCUGCGUACGCCAUCAUCGCAGCCCUUUACCCUGCUGGGAGCACGCGUUUCGAGUCUCCUAUCCUACCCGUGAAGAUGGGCCGCUUGGUUGUUAGUCCUCGGCGUGUCCGCGACUUCGCCAGGCGUUGCAACACAGUGAGAACCGGUUCCAGUAGUGGCGAGGAGGCGUGUGGAAGCGUCGGCACCGUGUCAGUUGCAGCAUAUCGCGGCCCACGAGCCAGCCCGGUGGCCUGCGUGUCGACGCAAGUGCUCCUGGAUGUUGACGCCGAGUCGGACCAUGUCGUCCAGAAGGACCGGAUGGUCGCGUUCCGCACAGACGACGUCGCCUUUCGAGGCGUCCUGGGCGAGCAGUCGGCUUCCCGCCACGACGUCUCCCUCUUCUACCACAACGUAACGGAGCCAGACGUCAUGUCGCCCAACUAUGAACUCUCGCCAGCGCAGGACGACUCGGCCCUGUACUACGCCAACAUUGAAACGCUGGAACGCCUCACCAUGUGCUACAUCCGCCGGAUCGUGGAGGGCGUGUCGGUCUCGCAGCAGGCGAGCUUCCCCAAGUGGCACCACCGCCACAUGACGUCCGUGUUCCGGCGGCGCCUUCUCGCCCAUGACGAGGAGCAACAGCACCAGUAUCGCCAAGACAAAGACUAUGAUGACAACUUCGAUGCGAUGCUGGCCCAGCUGGAGGCCCAGGACGUUGUCAACGCGCGUCUCGUGCGUGCCGUGGGCGAGAAUGCGCCUCCGGGCCGUGUGCUGCUGGAGCAGGACGGCGAACUAUCGAGGCUGUAUGACCGCGGCAUCGCCAUAGCCGACGCCAACCGCGCCGUGGCCCAGCUGAUCGGGCUGGUAGCCCACCGGUAUCCACGCAUGAAGUUCUUCGAGGUCGGGGGCGGCACCGGCGGUACCACCAAGUACGUCCUCGAGGCACUGGCCGGCCGGUUCAGGACGUACACCUUCACCGACAUCUCGGCCGGUUUCUUCGCGCGGUCCGAGGAGAAGCUGUCCAAGUAUGACGACAACUGCGGUCACGGCGGCAAGAUCGAGUACCGGGUGCUCGACAUUGAGAGGGAUCCUACCUCUCAGGGGUUCACCAACGGGGCGUACGACCUGAUCAUGGCGGCCAACUGCGUCCACGCCACCAAGAGCCUCGGGGCCACGCUCUCCCACCUGCGGGGCCUGCUUCGGCCUGGAGGCUUUCUCGUGCUCUUCGACAUCACGGGCGACCCUAUCUGGCUGUCGUACUCGUUCGUCUUCGGCGGGCUUGACCAGUGGUCGGCCGGCGCCUCCGACGAUGGCCGGGUGGACGGUCCGGGAGUCUCCCGCGCCAAGUGGGAUUCGGAACUGCGGAAGAGCGGCUUCUCGGGACUGGACCAGGCCGUCCCUUUCCCGCGGCGCCGCGAGAUGUUCUCCGUCAUGCUGAUGACCGAGCUCGAUAUGCCGCUGUUCGCUCAUCUAAGCGGCGACACGCUGGCCAGCUUCAAACUACUACUGAGGAGCAGCAGGUACUUCAUGGUUGUGACCCGGCGCUGCAGAGACGAGAACCCCGACUCCAAUAUGCUCGUCGGCGUUCUGCGGGCGCUGAUCGCCGAGAUGCCGCACGUCCGAUUCCAAUGCAUCGAUAUCGACGACUUGGAUGUUCGGGCCGACAAUCUUGACCGUACGUCGGGCAUCCUUUCGGCGAGCCUUUUGCGCAUGGUUCUCGCGCCUCUGCUCGAGGACGAACCGUCUCAUGAAGACGACAACAACAACAAUAACAACAGAAUCUUGUGGUCGAUGGAGCCCGAGCUGUUGGUGCGGGACGGCUGCGUCCAGAUUCCCCGCGUGGUGAAGGACAAAGCCAAGAACGAUCGUCUGAACUCGAGCACGCGUCUAAUAAAGCAGGAGACAUACAACAUCUAUGAGAUGCAACACGAGAAUGUGCCAUCGCUUUCGCUGUUCCCCGACGACGUCGUUCUGCUGGCCAUCUUCUCCAGCAUGAUUCUGCGGCGGACAGGUUUGUUGGUCACCGAUGACAGCAAAGUCCUGCUGCUCAAUCCCGGACGGGACCUUAGCAACAUGAGCAGAGAAAACAGCUGCAGCGACGAAUGGAUGCAGGAAGUAGAUGAUCUCGGACCAUGGGUGCUCCGAUACCGACAUCCCAUCAUCCCACCCGUGUCUGAGAGCCAGAGCAGAUCCAUCUUCUUCUGCGCAUGCGCAGAUAUAGCCAACCUCGACCAUUCAGCUAGCACUGCAUACAAGGACAGCACAACCCCUACAUCUCUCUUUGACUGGAGAAGCAGCAUAUUCACAGCCCAGGUCCAGCCCCUCGAUUUCAAGGCGCUGUUCCGCGCUGACAGGACCUACCUCCUCGUUGGCCUGUCCUCAGACCUAGGGUUGUCGCUCUGUCGGUGGAUGGUUGCUAACGGAGCCCGGCACGUCGCAAUAGCAAGUCGGCACGCCCCAAACCAGGUUAGGUCUAGUCUGCACUUAUCGUUGGCUGAAGACAUGCGCAGAGCUGGUGCCUACUUUGCAGCAGUCCAUUGUGAUGUGACAAGGCGUGCAUCCCUUGAGGCAGCCGUCUUGGAACUUGCUGAGCACCUGCACAUGCCACCCGUCGCAGGGAUCGCGCACGGCGCCAUGGUGCUGCAGGACAAACUCUUUGCUGACAUGACAGUCAUGGACCUGGAGGACGUAAUCGCGCCCAAGGCGCUCGGCGCGGCAAAUCUUGAUGCGCUGUUCGGCGGAGGCGGCGGAGGCGGAGACGGAGAAGACCGAGAGCCGGCCCCCCUCGACUUCUGUCACAGGAAUACCCUCAUACACAAGAAGCUCCCUAAAUCAGUCAUCUUACGUAUUACUUUACGUACUAAUAUUUAUAUAACUAACUACAUUUUACUCUCUUUACUUUAUAUAGAAUUAAGCAUCUUUCUCCCCUAUUCUCCUAUACCUUACUGUAUACUCUAA